CAAUGAGAAUACACAUACCUAUAUACACGCAACACUAUUUUUAUAGUAGUUUUUUUAUAUGCUCCUUGGUAAUCUUGGUAUAACCUUUUUGUAGUAGAUUUGUGGUGGAGAGAUUUCUACUGUGGAUUUCUACAUCGCGGUCGACGAUUGGGAAUAUCUCGUGGUCCCCGAUUAAAUUUUCAUUCUAGUUAGACUUUCCUUAUAUCUAAUUAAUUACGAAUAAUAACAUAUUAAAUUGUGGUUUUGGUUUUAAUAUUACAGUUCAAUGCAACAUAUGUGUAUACCUUUCAGUAACCGAGUUAUUUAUUAUGACUUGCACUGCGCAAUUGGUUAGAUUGUUUUUAAUAUUGUAAGACAAUAAUAUUGAUAAAAAAUAUAAUGGCUACAUCAAGUGCCGACGCACAAGACAGGCUCAAACUAUACAAAUUUACCAAAAUAUUAACUUUGAAAGUAGCUCAAAUAGUAGUACAGAGCAGGCAAGGAAAAAAGAUAACUCAGGAUUGUAACAACACAAAGGCAUUAGUUCAUAAUCUAUCUUCAUCGCCACCUAAUUUACAAUGGUUUAACUUAUCUAUUCCGGAUGAGCCUGAAGUCACAUGUGAUACAAAAAAAGUUCUUAACGGAGAAGUUGUUGAUGCUUUAGCCAAAGUACUGUGUAUUGAAAUAUCAUUGCGGACCAAUGAUGGUGACAGAAUGGUACUCGAAAUAUGGACAGUUAGAAUUGUGCCUGGUGGUGAUCCAAGCAUGAAUUCCAUAUCAACAAUAUAUUACCGAAUGAGUAUUAUGUUGAAAUCAACAUUGAGCAUAUCAAGAAUCACACCAGCCUACAAAAUGUCAAGAUCACAACAUAAAGAAACAUUUACUAUUUCACAUAAAAUUUAUGGUGGCGAACCAAAUUUAGAUUUACUAGGUGAGAAGCAUAAAACCAUAAAAGUGAGUGAUCUCAGAACUUCAAUUGGUACAAUUAUCAUUGAUGUUACUUAUAGAACAAAAAUGACCAUUCUUCCCGAGGAUAAAAUUAAACCCCUGGAUGGGGUAAGUUCGUCUACAGUAAGCGAUAUAAUGGUUAAGAGUGACCAUUUUUAUGAAAGUCCAAAAAAAAAUUAUGAUAAAAAAGAAAUUGACCUGUCAAAACCACUAACAGCAGGAGCUUUUGUAGAUACUGUUAAAAUACAAGAACUGCAUGAUGCAUUAAGUCAACAAAUACCACCAGAACCACCAAUGUCAUGGCUUUUAGCUGAGAAAGACAAAUUAGAUAAAAAAUUGAAAGGUCUGCCCAAGAGGACUGAGGAAUUUGCAAAGUCGGGUCUAAGUAGUGAUACAGCUGGCACAUCUCGCGUCAUAAGCAAAGCUAUAGAAGUGCCUAAAGCCAAUGGUGAUAAAUACACUAGUCUUAUGGAAUUCCCUUUCGCCGAUGGCAGUCCUUUAACAGAGCUGGCUACCUUCUACCAGGAAUGUUUGCAAGCUAAAUCCACAAGUGACGAAUGGACUGAACUUAUUGGUGAGUCUGUUUCCACCGAUUCAGAGUCUCUCUCCCAACAGCUCAAAAUGUUUGAAGAAGCUGUACCAGAGUUUGACAAUAUGGUCGCCUCUAUGUUCAGCAAUUCCGACUGCUCGGACCACUCCUAGUUUUGUAGUGUUCACUAUGGCUCUAGAUUAAACACUUAAUAUUCCAAAAGGUUUACGUACAUUCGGUUUUUAUAGAUGUU